GUGCGCGAAUACGUCGUCGUUACCGAGUGAAGUGCGUCUCUUUGGAGCAGAUACCGGCUGAGAGAAACGCAGCAACAAGAGAAAGGGAUCAUUUACGGGCUCGUUUUCCAGCUGGACCGUAUCCGAGCGCCGCGCACCUCCCCCGGUACAAACAAUUUGACCCGAAACUCGAUGUGGAAACUGGGCUGAAGGGAGAAAAGGGUCACGCUGGGGGAAGGCAACUAGCUUGAAUCGCCAAACCGAGCUCGUUGGGGUAAGCCUGGUUGCCUCCCAAGCGACGCUUUAAAAAAGGAAGGAGCGGAUACAUCUGGGCCAAACAGAGGUGAAAAUGGACUAUGAUUUCAAAGUGAAGCUGACCGGCGAAAGAGAGCGUGUCGAGGACCUGUUUGAGUACGAAGGAUGCAAAGUGGGUAGAGGCACCUACGGCCAUGUAUACAAGGCGAAGAGAAAAGAUGGGUGAGUAGAAAAUGACCAAGGCCUCCAGCCUGUGAACCCUUCACCAACCCCCUCCCUCCUCUGCAUACAUCUCAAUUUCUGCAUUGCUUUUUUCCCCCCAUACCAAGGCUGAAUUAAUCGUGUGUAUGCAGAGAAAUAACAGAGUAAUGUGUAGAAAUAGCCCAGACUUUGACAUACAGCUUACCAAUAUAGCUGCAGCUCACCGUCCUGGUUUUGCUUGUUAGAAAUAAUUACAAAAAUAACUCCUCCUUGUUUUGUUGUCCAGGAGAUGACUUUUAGAUAUUGAGGGAACCAUAACGCAUUUAAAGGGAAUUACAGGAUGCUGCAGGUGCAUGGGCAAGCAUCUCACAAUUAGGGGAUGGGGGUUACCUUUAUGAUGCUCAAGGUAAAUGUCUCUGCACCAUCUCACAUUUGAAGUCUUGAAGUUCAUGUGUAAAACUGUCAAUGUUGUGCACAGUUUUAGCACACUGAAAGAUAUUUAAAUGCUUCCAGAGUUUUAAGAAAGUAAUAUAUAGCUAGACUGAUUUUUAAAACCACCAUCAUGUGGUCAAACUUAGAUUUUUCUAUCUAAUCUGUCUCCUCUUAUUCCCCUACUCUGAAUUUAAAAUAUUAUUUUGUAGGCUCGCUUUUGAUUAAUAGUGACAAGAUUGGAAGAUUGCAUCAAAGUGCCCUAGCUGGAGCUCAAUUAUAGACACUGUGGUACACCAAGGUGCCGCCCACAUUAGAUCCCCUUUUCCUUUGUUUUCCAAUGUGAUCCAUGCCACAGUCUGGACGGGAGCUGAGAUCAGCUAAAGCCACUCUGGACUAGCAUGCCCAUGCAAGGCCCAUUAUGACAGCCGGGACAUACUGGCAGCCGGAUCCACACAAAGAAGCCCUAAAGUGUUUAAAGAUGUUUUUGUUCACUUUAAGAGGGUGCUGUUUAUGAGACUCUGGGCUAAUUUGUGCUGCAGCAGUUGGAUGAGGCCUGAGGAGGCACAAAGCAUGGGUUUAUGAGAUGAUGUAGGCCAGGGGGAAGGGUGGUAGGGGUUAUUUCAGAUUCAUUCAAGUGAGAGCCAGUCUCUGUACUGUGUUUGUCCCUCGCCAGCUGCCAGACAGGGCCUGUUUCCUUUCCUCUUCUAUUGUUUUGAGCCUCAGAGGUGAGCUUGAUUACACAAAUCUGGAGGUAAUGCAACUCGGCCUCUUCUCAGACUCCCUGUGCCAGCUGCCAAGUGCCCCCCCCCUUUAUGAUCCGGUGCAGACGGCUCUCAGGGGGCUCACAGUCUGCUCUGGUGUUGAUGUUGCUCUGCCUCUUUCUGUUUGUAGGAAGGAUGAUAAGGACUACGCACUCAAGCAGAUUGAAGGCACUGGCAUCUCCAUGUCAGCCUGCAGAGAGAUUGCAGUAAGAAGUGCUUGGCUUACUUUCACCUUUUGUUUGGUCUGUUAAAAGCCCUCAUGCCGUUCCUUGGUGGUUUAUGUAAUAGAUGAAUCGCCUGUACAAAGUAGCUUUUGUGAGGUGAACCCCAGGUGUAAAACACAAGAGCAAAGGAGACAAAAAAACAUCUGUUAUUUGUGUUCAUCAAGACUUUAUCUGCAGUCGUACAUUUAGCAUUUCAGAGAUUGUUUGUAUUUAAACUGCGAUUCAAGAUUUUUGUCAUAGAAUGGGUUUUGCAUUUUGCAGCUGCUGCGGGAGCUGAAGCACCCCAACGUUAUCUCCCUGCAGAAGGUUUUCCUGUCACACGCAGACCGUAAAGUAUGGCUGCUAUUUGACUACGCAGAGCACGAUCUCUGGGUAAAAAAAUGCACACACAAACACACACACACACACAUACAUCCGACACUGGAACUAUAUAGCUCAAUGUAUCAAAACACAUUACAAUAUUGUGGCAGGAUAAGCCAGGAUCCAUAUUGUCUUUAUGGAAUUAAUUUUUGACUUUUUUUUUUUUUCAAGCAACACAUUUAAAAACUGCAGAUAUAAAUACAUACUCCCAAUCCUCACUUUCUUACUCAUUUCCUUAAUACUCAUAGUCUACAAAUGACACAAUACUGUAUAUUCUGUAGGCUCUUGCUGUUUUUGUACACUAAAGCAGUGGUUCUCAAGUCCAGUGCUCCAACACACCUGAUUCAAAUGAUCGGCUCGUUAUUAAACCAUUACAGAGCUUGAUAACGAGCUGAUCAUUUGAAUCAGGUGUGUUGGAGCAGGGAAACAUCCAAAACAUGCAGGACAGUGGGCCUCGAGGACUGGACUUGAGAACCACUGCACUAAAGUAAUGUACUUUUUUAAUUAAAGCGACUGAACCACAGAUCUUUACGAUAGUAGAAUUACUCACUGCUGAUGCAUAUUCACUCUUUCAUAACUUGCCAGUUGUAAGGAAAGAUACAGAAAAUGGAGCUGAUUAUACUCAUUAAAACAAACAGAUGCACAGUUUUACUCAUCAUUUAACUUUAAAAACUUUAUUUUACUACUUUUAGCAAGUAAUCAGAACUGAGUUAAAAAUGCCAUUCCUGCCCCAAAGCUGCAAAAGUCACACUCCCCUACCAAGGAAGUGAAAACACCUGCUACAAACAUCAACCUUACACAUUCUGAUAGUAGUAUUAGUGUUUUGGGUUUUCUUUUUACCACAGAAAUGCCAAAAAGGGACAAAAUGGUGGAUUUUGGCAAAACUGUCCAUGCUAACCAAAAUUACUAUUAUGUUGUCUCUCUGUAGCACAUUAUUAAGUUCCACAGAGCCUCCAAGGCCAACAAGAAGCCACUUCAGCUGCCCAGAGGAAUGGUCAAGUCUCUGCUCUACCAGAUCCUGGAUGGCAUCCAUUACCUCCACGCCAACUGGGUCCUCCACAGAGACCUUGUAAGAGGAUUGGGAAGGGAAAGGGGAGGAGAGGACAAGAGGGAGGGAGCCGGAGGGAGAAAAUAUUUAGGUAGAAGGGAAAACAAGGCGGCAGUUGAUGAGAGAUCGGAAGAUUGUUACUGGGCAGAGAAUCAGGGAAAGGCAUGUGAAGCUGUGCCACUCCGCUUGUGUUCAGAGGUGGCUCUUUCGUACCCGCUUUCACAUAUUUAUAUUUUUAUUAUAAGUAAAUUUAGGUCUACAUUGUCAUCUUGUUCCAAGAAAAAAUAAUGUGAGAGUUGUUUUGGUAACAGCUUAUUAUAAAGUUAAAUUUCAGUUAAAGAUCCUUUGUAGUUAACGUGAAGUCAGGAAACUUUCUAGUGAUGUAAAUAAGUCUGAGAACUUAAAAAAUGAGAUGUUUGUUCACAGAUUUUAGUUCUCCAAUAGAAACACUAAAUUAAUUGAGUCACAGUCAGCAUGCAUUUCAAAUGGUAGGCUUUCUCACUCUGGUUUGUAGUGGAGUAAUUUGGCCACUAGAGGGUGGUAAGAACGAAUUUUGAUCCUACACUGUAUGCAGGACCUCAGCUUUUAAGCUUGACCAAUAAAAUCUGUUUAUUUAUUGCUUUUUUUGUAAAAUAUUAUGGAUUAUAUAUGUAUAUGUAAAUGUUUACAAUUUGAGGUUUUCUCUUUUUUUAUUCCCAGAAACCAGCAAAUAUUUUAGUGAUGGGGGAAGGGCCGGAGAGGGGUAGAGUAAAGAUUGGUACGUAUGAUGUCUUCUUUUCUGGAUGUUUCAUAAUGAAGUUGUUCAGGUUUUAAGGUAUUGUAUUGAGUACAGUGUCUGUUUUGCAGCUGACAUGGGUUUUGCCCGACUCUUCAAUUCACCGCUGAAGCCUUUAGCCGAUCUCGACCCUGUGGUGGUCACCUUCUGGUACAGAGCACCUGAACUACUGCUUGGGGCUCGGCACUACACCAAAGCCAUCGGUAAGACCUGCUGUCCGUCAAUGCAGCUUCUCAUUCCUGAAAACAUAAACACGGUUGUACCCACUAAUGCGAAUUGAGUUUAAUGGUAUGUGCUUUUCCACUUUUCUUUCAGACAUUUGGGCGAUUGGCUGCAUCUUUGCAGAGCUGCUGACAUCUGAGCCAAUAUUCCACUGUCGCCAGGAAGAUAUCAAGACCAGUAACCCUUACCAUCACGACCAAUUGGAUCGCAUCUUUAACGUUAUGGGCUUCCCUGCUGGUGAGGGUUACUGAUGUGAAGCUUAAAUGCAGUAAUCUGUGAAUCAUAAUCACAGCAUAAGUAGAGGAUGUGUUUUGUGCAAACAGAGUUUUCAAACAGUGCACUUACGCAAAAAAUAUUAUAUCUCACUGUUGCCUUGUGAGUGGAAAAUGCUAUCAAAAGAGUUUUCCAAAAAAGGUUGAUUAUUUCCCGCUUAUUCUCUUCCUCUUUUCUUCGGUGCAGUUUUGUUGUCUAAGGACAUCAAUCCACUGACGCGAUAGACAAAGCCAAGUCACAAACAGAAACUUUUCCAGUGCAGUGUUACAUUUGGGCCUAUAUUUUCCAGUUCACUUAAGCUGCUUCUGAAUUGUUUUCUCCCCUUCCACCCUCUCUGCUGCUGUGGUUGUGUAAUUCCCCAGCCUGUCUGAUGGAUUUUAGUUUGAUUCUGCCUCGAGAACUGAGCCUUACAGUCAUUAAAAUCCCUUUGCAGGGUUUGGCAAUUCAAGUUAUGGUGUUUUUAUAAAAAGGCUUGCGCGUGAUUGAUUUUUUUAAACACACCAACAGGUAAGUCUUUUUAGCUUUUCAAUAAAGAAACAGAUGUCAAAACAAAAACUCCAUGUGCUGUUGUUGUGACAAGAGGCUGUUGUCUGGAAAAUCAUGAGCAUCGGUGCUUAAAAAGAUCCUAAUCCAGACCCAACAACCAAAAUAAUCUGUUCUUGAAGGGAGGGAGGGUGUAACGUGUUUGUAAUCCUGCCUUUUCCUCGUUCGACAGAUAAAGACUGGGAGGACAUCAAAAAGAUGCCAGAACACUCCACGCUGAUGAAAGACUUCAGAAGGAACACGUGAGUUUGCAGAGCACCAGUGUCCCAGUUUUUCUCCGAGAUCAGAAAGUCAGGAGGCAAAAUGCUGUCUGCUGGCAAAAAAUACAUGUUUGAGUGUCGUAACAACUCAUACUUGUCUGUGUAUUAGCUGAAGGCAUGAGAUCAUUAUGAUUUACUUCCUCUCUAUCACAGAUACACAAACUGCAGCCUUAUAAAAUAUAUGGAAAAACAUAAAGUCAAACCAGACAGCAAAGCAUUCCACUUGGUAAGUUUGUUUGCAAAUAAUACGACUCUUUCACAAACAUUGGAGCACUGGUAGAUUGUGAACCUGUGAAAAACACGCUCCUUUUCCAAUAACCUUUUGUGAUAUGAAUCAAAGCUGCAGAAGCUGCUCACCAUGGACCCCAUUCGUAGAAUCACAUCUGAGCAGGCCAUGCAGGACCCCUACUUUUUGGAGGAGCCCCUGCCCACCUCUGAGUAGGUCACGUCACAAACACGCAAAGCCCUGAAUCUAGUUUGUCCAUGUUGUUCUAUUGCUAAGAUAAUGAGAACAUGACAUUAACCCAGCAUAUUAUACUUGCCGUAACUGUUUAGCUUUAAGCCACAUGAAUCAAUUUGUUGACAAGUCUCUUUGCAUGUUUCUUUUUUUUCCAGUGUGUUUGCAGGCUGCCAGAUUCCCUAUCCAAAGAGGGAGUUCUUAACAGAGGAGGAACCAGAGGACAAGGCAGAUAAAGUAUGAAAACAGUGUGACUCACUGCAGUCAAUAGAUCAUUUAUACCAUCUGUCUCCACCAAUCAGCCAUUAACUAAAGAUCAUCUGCCUGAUAUUGUGUCCUGUUGCCUCCCCCAACAGUCUUGACCUGUUAAGAUACAUACCACGCUAGUCCACUGAAGGUGUGCUGGUGUAUCUGGAAGACAUUACCAGCAGAUCUUUAAAGUUCUGUAAACUGUUAAGUGAGGCCUUAGUAAAUCAGACUUGGAUGUUCAGCAAAUCCCACAAAGGCUGCCUUUUUCCAUUGCUCUGUGGUCCAUUUCUGAUGCUUGAAUGCCUGUUUUGAAGGCUCUUUCAACAGUGUAGGGUCCACUUUGGCACCCUGACUGGUCUGCAGCUACACAGCCCCAUGUGCAAAGUCUGUGGUGCACUGAGUGUUCUGACACCUUCCUCUCAGAAACAGCACUGACUCUUAGAGAAAUUUCAGCUCCAAUAUUCUCCUGUUGCCCAGCCUUCACUCUUGACACUAUUUGAAGAACCUCAGCCACCUAUGACUAUGCUGGCCUGACUAGUCAGGCUAUGACUAUGCUGCUGAGUCACCAGUUUACUGAGAAGAACCACUGAAGGCUGAAAAAAAUACAGCUAAAGCAGCAGUUUGGUGGCAGCAGUUCCCAUCCUAAUUUAGGAUAUUGAUUUGUAAGACAAAAUGUUCCCUUGUGGUCGUAGUGUCAUGGCUGAUUGGGUAGACAGAAAGGUAAAGCGCAGCAUCAUUGGUAAAACUACACACACACACACACAGUGAAAUGUUCACAUUUCAAGGAGGCCUUUUUUAUGUUGUGUACCAUUAGAAAAACCAGCAACAGCAACAGGGAAACAACCACACAAAUGGGGCGGGGCACACUGGUAACCCUGACAACAGCCAUGCUCAGGGUCCGCCUCUGAAGAAAGUGCGAGUUGUCCCGCCCACCACUACCUCAGGUGGCCUCAUCAUGACCUCAGACUACCAGGUAGAUCUGUCUCUUCUUACACCUCUCCAAAUGUUUGAUUGACAGUUGCAUGACUCUACUGUCCUUUAUGUUUCUUGGCAUGUUUGGUGUUACAACCUUCAGUCAACUUGUCAACCCUAACCUUAAACAUCGAAGUGUAAUAGAUAUCCUGUUUUCUUCCUCUUUGCAGCGCUCCAAUCCACAUGCUGCCUACCAGAACCCUGGACCAAGCACAUCACUGCCCCAAAGCAGCAUGGGAUACUCCUCUACCUCCCAACAGCCACCCCAGUACUCCCACCAGACCCACCGCUACUGAGAAACCCCUCUCACAUAUACAUACAUUUGAACACACACAUACAAAUACACACAUACACAGCCCUCACCAUGCCCACCUGAACGAAUGUACUGAGGGAUGUGGGGAUGUCAAAGGCUACAAACCCCACCCAACCCCACCCAACAGAGGGCACCUUCUCUGCAGCAGUCUAUAAGGCCUGAGUAAUGACACUUCAAUAAACACACCCUUACCCCAGUAUUAGAAAACACAGCUACAGAGCAAAAUCUGACAGGAGUGAGGAUGAGAAGAAUGGAUCCAGAUAUUGAGUCCAGCUUGUGUCUGUUUAACAAACCAGUCAAAAGAAGAUGGCUUGGUUUUGAGGGGACACGCCAGUUUGUCGUGUCAUCCCCUCUCCUCUUCUUCGUCACUUGUCUACACACCCACACCUACACCCUAGCCCUCCUACCGUCAAAGCUUGGAAGAGACUGAAAGCUGCUAUGUGACUGCCAGCAUUGACAGAUUCCUUGUCCGACUGUCCUCCUGUUUGUCUGUCUGUUUAUUUUGUGUGUCUGUGCGUGAGUGUGUGUGGCCCUGUGAGGGCCUCAGCUGAGGACUGAACUAAGCUGCUGUGAAGCAUGCUGGGAGGAUGUGGAGCCCCCGCAGCUGUGGUAUUGAGGGUUUUAAUAAAGGACAAAAAAAAAAAAGAUGAGUUAAAAAAAAAAAGAUUUUAGUAGUUUAUAAUUUAAUCCGUUUUCAUGUUUUUUUUGUUUCAUGGCAAGACAGGCGGAGCAGCCUGUGCCGGCUGAGUGCUCAGCCACUGUGAGCAAGCCUUACAAACAUGACGACAAAACCAACCAAUCGCAUGGAGGAUGGCAGAUGGAACAUGCAUUGUACUGUAUUGUAUUGAAAUAUUUUACAUGAAGCAAGUAUCCUGACAAUAAAGGUGGAAACGUUGAUACCGUUGA